GUGGCCGACAGUCAAAAUGCCGGUGCCGGUUUGGGAUUGCUCUGACCUGGGCCUGCUAGACGAGCCCCUGGACACCGCGACAGUGGUGUCGGACGAUAUAUGGAAGAAGUUCGAUAUGGACUUCCCGCUGGACCGUGUGGUGGACGUGCACUCGGAUAUGUAUUACGAGCGUACCUUCGACGACGGUGUUCUGCCAGAGCUGUUGUACGACAAGAUGACCUGUCAGGAAUCGCGCGAGAUACGUCAUCACGAUUGUAUGUGGGCAGGACUGUGCAUCAGCAAAGAACACAAUAGGACAUUACCCGCGAAGAAGGAUUCGCAGAUACAGAAGAGAGUGCCGGCGGGACGUAGUCUAUUGAUAUCACGGGCGAGUGCUAUGCCGAUGACGACGACAUCGUUGUCGGCGUUUAACCAACAGCAGGCCCAGCAACAGUACCGCGCGAAAGGUUCGGAAAGCGACGGCGAUUCAACGAGGCCGGAAACACCGCAGACCUCGAGUUCAUCUGACACCGAGACCGAAGACGAGGGACCUUUCUUCAGGCAUGAUCAGAUCAACAUACACGAGAAAUUGUCCGAAUGCAUGACAGAGGUCGCUGUCAAAGCUGUGCCAGUGAGCGAGGUCACCGGUCAGCUGGUCAGGUUCCAUGACAGGAGGAAAGAGGACGACAAAGGUCAGUGUCAAGUGCUCAAGGAAACCAAUGUCAGGAACACCCUCAGCGAUCAUUGCUAUCACCUAAAUCAGCCCAUCGGCAAGAAUCUAGAACAUCUUGGCGUACAGACACCCUCCGAUUCCGAGGAGGAAGAGAUCGACGUAGUGACCUUCGAGAAACCCUGCAGACCAGCGGCUCUACCGACGUAUCCAAGCCCCGCUGAUCAACAGCACUUCCAAUUAACAGUGAACACAGCGUUCAAAGACAAAGCCCCGGCACCGAGACCCCGGGGCAGGCCACCGUCGAAUCCAGCCAGGAAAAGGACCGCGCAGCCCGAUCACAAACCAGCGAAACGGGCGCGUCACAGGCCGUACCAGAGGCGGAACAAGGUAGGCCGAUGUAUGAACACCACCAUCACCACUACCACCACCACCACCACCAUCACCACGCCAUCGACCCCGAUGAAAAUUACCGCGCCCACACUGUCGAGAAGUUCCUCCGACGACGAACUGGACACCGAAAAGAGGAGUUUACACAACAACAUGGAACGUCAAAGGCGAAUAGAGCUACGGAACGCGUUCGAGGAGCUUCGAGUUCUUGUCCCAGCGGUCGAGUCCAAGGAAAAGGCGCCGAAAGUCGCGAUCCUUAGGCAGGCAGCUGUCUACUGUGAUAUGUUGACCGAAAUCGGUCAGAUCACUGUGGCCAAGGUGACGGAACUUAGGAGACGGCAGGAAAAGCUCCGUGCUAGGCUAAGUCAGCUACGGAGGAGUCUCGCCAUGACGCGUUGAGGAAGGAAUCACCGGAUUGUAUCAGUUUUAACCGGCCAACUGCCCUAUUCGGUACGUUUGAGUCUAAUUUUGUAAGAGGAUCGGCGGACAAUCCCACUCGACGUUCCGAUACGACGAGAUUUCGAUGUGCGCGCGAACGACAGAGAG